GGGCGGACGGCACCCAAUGGAAGGCGGCGGGGGCGGGGCGCCGCGGCUGGCGCGCUCCCCGGCGCUCCCGUCGCCCGCGCCCUCCAUGGCGGCCGCCGCCCGCGACCACCUCCCCGCUGCCGGCCUCGACGAGGCGGACGAGGCGGUCCGGGGCACCUGCGAGGACGCGUCCGUCUGCAAACGAUUUGCUGUAAGUGUUGGCUACUGGAAGGAUCCUUACAUCCAGUAUUUUGUGAGACAGGCCAAAGAAAGAAAAGCCCCUGAAAUCAAUAGAGGCUAUUAUGCUCGUGUUCAUGGAGUCAGUUAUUUGCUUAAGGCUUUUCUAAAGAAGACAGAAUGCAACUGUCAAAUCGUUAAUCUUGGUGCUGGCAUGGAUACUCUGUUCUGGAGAUUAAAGGAUGAAAAUCUUCUUCCUAGAAAAUAUUUUGAAGUGGAUUUUCCAAUGAUAGUUGCAAGAAAAAUACAUAAUAUCAAAUCAAAACCUCCCCUGUCAAAACCAAUUAUGGAAUCCCAUUCAGGGGAGUCUCUUCUAAUAGAUUCUCACAGCCUAGACUCCAGUCGAUAUUCCAUAAUAGGAGGAGAUCUCCGUUUCUCAUCAGAUCUGGAGGAAAAGCUAAAGAAACAUAACCUGGAUAUACAAUUGCCAACUCUCCUGAUAACAGAAUGUGUGCUGGUUUACAUGACGCCACAACAAUCUGCAAAUCUUUUGAAGUGGGCAGCAAGCACUUUUCCAGUGGCAAUGUUUAUAAAUUAUGAGCAGGUGAACAUGACAGAUCGGUUUGGACAGAUCAUGAUUGAGAACUUGCAGAGAAGACAAUGUAACCUGGCCGGAGUGGAAGUCUGCAAAUCCUUAGACUCUCAGAGGGAACGAUUGCUGUUAAAUGGCUGGGAAACUGCACAUGCCAUUGAUAUGAUGAAAGUAUACAGCUUUUUGCCACAGGCUGAUGUGAAAAGGAUAGAAGGACUCGAAUUCCUAGAUGAAAAGGAACUCUUUGAACAACUAAUGCAGCACUACUGCAUCUGCUGGGCUUCAAAAGACAGCAGUAAUCUGGGUAAUGUUCUCCAAGAUCUAGAAGGCCUUGCAAGCAUCACAUUUUAAUAUAUUUGCUUGAGGGAAGCCAUGGGCCCAGAAGCCACAGCUACUGCCUUCUGCCAGAGACAAGACUGAAGAGAUGAUGGGACUUUGCAUGUGCCAACUUCAGUUUGCUCAUCUGUGUAAGCAGCGCCAGUGAAAAAGUGACCAGUGCUGCAGAUGCUGACUCUCCUCUUGGCUUUUGGUAGUUUUAAUAAAUAUUUUUUGACCAUUGUGAGCAGUUGUUCUGAUGCAAGACUCGCCUCCCUUUUCUGGAUAUAUAAUGACGGACUUUUAUAAGAUGUCAGUAAUUCCUGUUUAAAAGCUCACCUUCCUUAGCUUAAAACAAAGUAAAGUGUUCUUGUAUUAUAUUAUUUUCCUCUCUUGUCUUCUUGUGGAUGUGUAAAAUGUAUUUGUGACAGGAAAGUGGGAAAACAGUACUGAGCUGCAUUAUUGGAUAUCUCUUUGCACUGUGCACAGCUGAUCAUGAAGGUUAAUCUUUCUAUUCAGGUUUCAUUUUUAUGAAGUGUCAGCCUGUUGGCUUUCUCCAGGCCUUUACUGUUGUGACAAGGCUGUUACUGUAUUUGGUCUGUUUUUGUAGGGGAAGGGUGGAAUCAGAAAGGGAUCUGUGAUUCUUAGUGAUGUACAAGAAACUGGAUGAUGUUAAAGCAGACUUUAUUUAACUGGGAGGGGUUUAGUUUGCCAGUUCAGCACUGGGAUUGUAAAGGUAAGAAACAUUCAUUACAUUUGUGCUGCUUCUGGCAGUGUCUUUACACCAGUUUUGCAUUCUUUCCCCUUAAAAGAAACUCAACAGCAACAAAAGCCCUACCCUGUUGUUUGAAAUAGAAUCUUGCAACCUUCCUAUAUGAAAAAUAAAUGUCUAGUAUUUAUAAUUUG